CCGGAAGUAAGCCAGGGUGAAGUGCAAUCUACUAUAUUUGUGUCAAAAAUGGUGCUAAUUCUUUGCACAAAGUUGCAGUUAAAAAUGAAAAUAGUUUCUUAGAAAGUGAUGGACCUAGGCCGACAAGAAAGUCAGGAUGAAGGAAAUCGAUUCUGGCGUGAAGAACGGGAAGAGGGUGCUGUCUACAUGGUUUACCUUAAAAGGGUAACAUACAGAUCACAUGAUAGGUUAGAAGAAGGUGAGAAGUUUAUGUCACAUUUGAUGUGGGAGACGUUGAAGGUCCGAGUUGUUAAAGCUGGAACUUUAGAAAGACUUGUGGAAUGCAUGGAGACUUGUCAGGGUGAUCUCGAUUCAUCUCAUCUUAACGUCUUCCUCUCAACAUAUCGUACCUUCGCUUCACCUGAACAGGUUCUUAAAACACUCAUUAACAGGUUUAUAAUGCUCAAAUCAUGUGCUAAAGAUGAUGAUCGGAAAGAAAUGGUUGAAGAACAAUUAAAAACAAUAAGAUCAGUAAUAUCUGUUUGGCUUGACACUCAUCCUGAUGAUUUCCGUGAACAUCCAGAUUAUCCUUGUCUCCUUGAUCUGGAGGAUUUUGCUAAAGAACAUAUUGCAGACAGUGAUCUAGGCGUGCGGGCACGACAUCGACUUGAAAAAUUUCAGAAAGAAGCAAAAACUUUGGAAGAGAGUAUAGAAGAAAUGCAUUUAGGAGCUAGACAUGGUAUAAAUGGUGAUAAAAAUGUUUUAUUUAAUCAAAUAUCUAAUCGCUCAGUGGCAGAACAACUCACUUUUAAAGAUGCUGAAUUGUUCCGUAAAGUUGUUCCACAUCAUUGUCUGGGAGCCGUCUGGUCUCGGAGACGUAAAAAAGGUGGGAAAAAUCCUUCCAGUGUUGUGGCCACGAUUCAACAGUUUAAUAAUGUCUCACUUCGUGUAAUAGCUACAGUUCUCAAUACUCGUGGCAUGAAGACUUCGCAAAGAGCUAAAAUUCUUCAACGCUGGAUUGAAAUUGCUCAAGAGUUACGUGACUUGAAGAAUUUUUCGUCUUUACGAGCGAUCAUAUCUGGCUUACAGACUCAUCCUGUUUAUAGAUUACGGAAAACGUGGGCAGCAUUACCAAAAAAUAUUAUGGUGCUUUUUACUGAAUUAUCAGAAAUCUUCUCCAACGAGAAUAAUCAGAUAACCUCCAGAGAACUGUUGAUGAAGGAAGCAACAGCUAAAUUUCCUGAUAUCGAGUCUCAAAAUAAAACUCUUCAGAGAAGAAAUCUGCUGAAACGGCAAUCUUGGAUUGAAAAUGGUAUAGUUCAAGGAACAGUUCCAUAUUUAGGAACAUUUUUAACAGAUCUCACAAUGAUUGAUACAGCUUUCGCGGAUAUAACGGACGACAAUCUUAUCAACUUUGAAAAACAUCGAAAAGAAUUUGAAGUCAUUGCUCAGUUGAAACUGCUCCAAUCAGCAGCUCAAAUUUAUCAAAUAGUUAAAGAUGAAAAUUUCUGGACGUGGUUUUAUUCUGUUAAUGUAUAUACUGAUACUGAAAGCCAUGACCUGUCGUGUACAAUAGAACCCCCUUCAGAUAGUAACGCCAAGAUCAAGAAAAAAUCAGCAAGUUUGGGUCAUCGCCCGGUGAAGUUUGAUAGUGCUAAGUUUGCUCUGUUUUCCUGUGGAUUAGAGAACAGAAAGAGUAUGUCGAGUAUACCCGAUACUUUAUCAACUUUAGCAGCUCCUAUUAUGACCCACCAUUCUUCCACAUCGUCUGUAGUCUCUUCCGAUAGUGAUAACCCAUCUUCCCCGUUCAGGUCAUCAGAUACCUACGUUAUCCGUGUCAGCGUUAACUCUACGUCAGAUUCAGAUACACACGUCUAUAAAAGUAUUAUGUUAACCAAUACUGAUCACACCCAUACAGUUAUUAGUAAAGUAUUAGAGAAAUAUUGUAUGGAAGGAAAACCUGAAGAUUAUAGAUUAUUACAGAUACUAGAAGAUGGUGAAUUAUUAAUACCAGAACGUGCCAACGUCUUCUACGCAUUAAAUAAUUCCUCAGAAUUAAACUUUGUGAUCAAAAGUCGGGAAGACUACGAAACCUCCACUUUAAAAAGACAGAAAAAACGACGAUUUAAAAAGCUCAGCUUAUAGCAGUGACUGUAACCACUAGCAACGGUAGUAUCUCGGGUAGUUUAACACAUACGCACCAAGGUCAAAUAGUCAUGGUCAAGGUCAUUAUUCGGGUCUUAAAAUCGUUAAGUAUUUAUGAUGUAUUGUUGAUAAUAUUUUAAUAUUUUUAGUAUGUUUCUUGUUGAUGUAGAAUAUUCACUAUAUGUAUUAUUGUCUCCACCACAUCGAUUACAAAAUGCAAUUCUACUGGUAAUUAUUUAAGAAGCAAUCUAGUAGUGCUGGCACAAUAUAUCAUUGAAUCAAUGUAUUGCAAUUCAGUACAAUUUAUUUUGAUGGUGUUUUUUUGUCAUUGAGUCAUUGAGUACGAGUAAGCGAAUUAUUGAAAUAAAAUUGAACCAUAUGUUAGUCCCGAAAUGACCUAGUUUGUGUCGAGUGGACGUUAAACCCAAUCUCGCCUUCUCAUGACGGCAGUGGCAAUACCCUGCUCUAGAAUCCAGCAAUCUUUAUUUAUUUAUCAAAACCCGUGUGAGUAUAGGUUUGAUCCUGUUGACACAAGGAAACUAGGCUGGAAAAACCUGGGUACCAUUUCAUAUAUAAAUAUAAUUUGUAGCGUAAAUAUAGUCUGGAUAUGUGAAAAGGGAAUUCCAGGUGGCAUUAUCUGUCCUUCGCACGCGAUACAUGUAAAUACGGUGCCAUGCACAGGUGUGAUUUGUGUUUUGAUAUUCAAUUUAUUACGGAUAUUUUAAAAUCUGAAUUCUACAACUCAACGGUGAAGUAUUCGAUUUUGUACGGAAGUGUGGUACCAUGAUACUUUGCGGAAUUCACGUGGAUACGGAUGAUAGAAUUGUACGAAUCUUCGAGUCGCUGAGCCAAAGCAGAUUCGCCGACUUUAGAGAACUUUUAGGCAUUCCGAUGUCGAAGAAAUAAAAAGGUUUCAUAUUACGAUAUUUAUAUAGAGCAAUGUAGCCUACGUCAAAGACCUAACCACGUGUGUGUGUACCUACAUGUAUGGAUAUGUGUGAUGUGAUUAGUCUUUGAGUUUGAUAAUUGAGAGUGACAGGUUAUUUACUGAAGCGACAGGUAUGAAGAAAAGCUACCUGUCGAUUGCAACAGGUAGCUUUUUUAAACAUUUCAAGGCCUGUUAAAUGAUACCUGGGUUACAGUGUUUCUUGGCCGACAUUGGGAUCAAACCUAGAGCCUUACUCACUCAGCCACUGUGGCACCUAUCAUAGUACCGAAUAUGAAAUCUGGAAAUAAGGCACAGUCUUUGCCAGGCACAAGUCCUCCAGUGCCUAUUUAAGUCUGUCUGGUACAGAUUUGUCUUUGAUUCUGUGUUUUGAUAGAUUUUUAUAAUUAAGUCCAGAACAAAAUUGAAUAUGUGAGGUACUAGUUCAUCAGGUACAACUAGAGUCAUUAUUUCCAGGCCUGUAUAAGAGUCUUAUAAAUAGACGUGUAGGUUUAUAGUUUACAAACCAGGAGCCUUAUUUACGGCAAAGUUAAAACUAAUUAAAUCAAAAAAAUUUAUUAAUUCAUAUAUAUAUAUACUAGCAGGAUACCCGGCUUCGCUCGGGGGUCAUAACUCCGAAACCGGAAGUGGUAGACUAACGCCACCUGGCCUAUGUUACUCCCCGGUCCAAGCUACCCAUAUACCCCAAAUUUCAGACCCGGGGCAGGAUACCCGGCUUCGCUUGGGGGUCAUAACUUCGAAACCGGAAGUGGUAGACUAACACCACCUGGCCUAUGUUACUCCCCGGUCCAAGCUACCCCUAUACCCCAAAUUUCAGACUCGGGGCAGACCUAGUGUAGCCGCCAACCCCGAACAGACUGGCUUCGCUCGGGGGUCAUAACUCUGAAACCGGAAGUGGUAGACUAACGCCACCUGGCCUAUGUUACUCCCCGGUCCGAGCUACCCCUAUACCCCAAAUUUCAGACUCGGGGCAGACCUAGUGUAGCCGCCAACCCCGAACAGACAGACAGACAGACAAACAGAACGACAAACGACAGUCACAAAUAUUAGUAUAGAUAUACACCUCUCAUUGGCCAAGAGAUAAACUAUGAUUUUAACACUCAACCAAUAAAGAGACUGCCCUUUUACAUGUUUUAGUUUAAGUUUCUGUAUAUUAGACCCCAGAACCAGCGGAGUGUUGGGAUGGUCUAGCACGUUGAGCUGCUGCGGGCAGAUCACCUCUGACUUGCGGUCGGGGUUUCGAUCCCUUGUAUGAGUGUAUGUGCCUUCUCAACCUCAGGAAAGACCCCAGUGCUAAGAUGAUAAAAAUAAGACAACUUGUCUGCGAUAUCACCCUUAAUGGAAGCUGAUGAUAAAUGCCACAAACAACAACAACCCCAGAUUGUAUUUUAUAAUGGAUGUGUUGAAGACAGGAGAUUAUAAUGUUUAUUAGUGAAAAUCAUGUCUUUCUGUUUUUGUUUUUGUUAUAUACAUGUAGUAUAAAUUAUUCAAUGAAGGCAAAAAUUAUCAAAUAAUAUUUGUUUUCAUGGCUCAACCUAAUCAAUGAUUUUUUUUUAUAUCAUAUUUAUUGAUUUUAAAUGUAGUUUGAUUCAUUGCAUUUAAAACUAUAAUCCAGGGGUGACCAGCUUGUAGAACAUUAGGCCAUUCCAAGUGAUACACAUUGGACCAGUCCAAGUGUUACACAUUCGGCCAGUCAAAGUGUUGCACAUUGGACCAGUCGAAGUGAUACACAUUGGGUCAUUCCAAGUGAUACACAUUGGGCCAUUCCAAGUGAUACACAUUGGACCAUUCCAAGUGAUACACAUUGGACCAUUCCAAGUGAUACACAUUGGACCAUUCCAAGUGAUACACAUUGGACCAUUCCAAGUGAUACACAUUGGGUCAUGCCAAGUGAUACACAUUGGGCCAUGCCAAGUGAUACACAUUGGAACCGUCCAAGUGAUAUACAUUGGAAUGGUCCAAGUGAUAUACACUGAAACAGUCAGUGACACAUUGGGCUAUUCCAAGUGAUACACAUUGGAACGGUCCAAGUGAUACACAUUGGAACGGUCCAACUGAUACACAUUGGGCUGUUCCAAGUGAUACAUAUUGGACCAGUCCAGGUGAUUCACAUUGCCCUUGGUAAUAAUGAUCAGACAUCGAAAAAGAUCACUGUGACUUUCCCUACUUGUUUGUAAUUUUCGCUGGAUCUAUUACUGAGCAAAGUGUUAUCAAAAAUAUCAACAGCUUUGCAAAACCAAAACAGAAUCAAAAGUCUCAUUAUGGUAAAUAAUAUUUUAUCUCUGAAGUCGUACAGAUAAUAUUUGGCACAUGGAAUGUAAAUAAGUUGGCCACCCCUAUCCUUGUGUAUUUGUAGAAAAAACAAUUAGUGUGCUUGGUGUAGAAUAUAUUGUUACAUAGUAACAAGUGAUAUACAUGGGGCAGGGUAUGCUUAUAUAUUCUUGAACACCUAAUGCCAACGUCCCAUUUUUGGGAUGUUUGCAAAGACAUCAUGUUUAUGUUAUAAGGAAAAGGACACUUUUUAACCCUUUUGCUAUUGGUCACCAUGGUCACCACCAGCUUACUGUGCUCUUUUCUAUUCUAAUAAUAGAAUAAGAGCUGAUCACCGGGUCCCCAUGGAAGUUCAUGUAUAUUGUGUGGUGACUCGGUGAACAGGGCCCCAUGUAAUAAUGAAAAGGUUAAAAAGACAAAUGGCUGAUAAUCGUAAGUGAGGCCUAUUUAAUUUAAUUUUUAGUUCUUCAGGACCUUCAUCAAUAAAUAACGGGACAAGGAGUAGGGUUGCCUGUAAAUUAAUGAUGCAUUAUGUCAGAUUUAGAUAAAUAGCUGACAGUUCUUGUGAUAAUAGUUCCAAAAUAGAUAAUUCAAAAUUAUUAUAUUGAAAAUUUGAUUCAAAUUACUUUAUUUUGAGGGACAUUAUCACUGUUUGACGUUUUGAUAUAUAUUGUUUAUUAUCGUAGCAAUGUUAUUUGUUAAUCGAGAAUCAGCCUCACUUCUCCAUUUCUAAAUCAAAUUAUUAAAGGGCUAAUCCCGAUAAUAUUUUUGAGAAUAAAACUGCUUAAUUUUGUGUUAAAAUCCCUUAAAAUCCUCUACCUUAGGGCCGAGCAACUAACUCAAUAUAUUUGAUACGUUUUCAAACAACUUAAACCCUUCAGUCUUAAUCUGGAAGUAGAGACCGGUGCCCAAGGCUGUAUUAUGCGGUGUCUGGAUAAAACCAGACUUUUAUUUUAUAAAAAUAAUGUGUACGUGAAAUUUAUCUUUCGUUAUCAAGUACAACACAUGGGUCAUUCACUGUAUAAACCUCUAAAGGAACUGGAAUCGAUUAUCAGGUCACUCAAAGAAAGAAUUCACCCAAAAUCUUAAAAGGGUUACGUCUCCGGAUAAGCAGUUUUGACGUUCACGUCCAAAUGACUCAAUAUUUUGAGCUGAAAUUUUGCGACAGGGUAAAUACACCAUUCCUUUAUAUGUUGGCGCUUAAAUUUCAUACAUACUCGGACUUUUAAUUUUGAGGCUCUGUUCAAUCCGGGAUAGUCCCUUUAAAUGGUGAUAGUGAUUUCAUCUGUUUACAUCUGCACCAUCCGAUGGUCAAGAGCGUUGAUUAUAGGCUUGUCUUGUUAAUAAAUGCCUAAAUAAUUUAUAUAACAUUAUAGGCUUGUCUUGUUAAUAAAUGCCUAAAUAAUUUAUAUAAGAUAUGAAAUAAGCAGAUUUAACUCUUGCAUAAUGCAACUUUAAUUUUUUUUUAUCAAGAAAUAGGAAGCAAUAUUUCAAUAGGUGUUCCCGAAGAACAGAAAUAUAAGUU